AUGGCAUCUUCUGAUAGUGGAGUGUCCAACACGAUCGAUCCUAUGGCCAUUACCUCGGAUAACGAGAUAGCCAUGGACCCGAAGGUUUAUACCUCAGACACCACGAGCACCGAUGAAGAUGAUUUUCAGCCUUUUGCCCUACCAGUCUUCGGAGAAGAAUUGCCCUUAGCUGAUGGUCCACUGGGUGAGGAUCUACCCCUUGUCCCGAUCCAUGCCCCUCUCCCAUUUGCAGCAGUUCCCUUUGAGGAACAGCCUCUCAACGCGUUACCUGAUGAUGACAUCGAUCUACUUAUCGAGGGUCCCCCGGAGGGUAACCAGGAUGGUGGGGCCCCGAUGGAGGACGAUGUUCCACUUGCUGAUGUCCCGGUUGUCGACCCUGUGGUUCCUAUGGUUGAGAUUCCUGCUAAUGAUGCCCUUGUUGUGCCACCUAUCGAGGCUCCUGUUGUGGAGGCCUUACCUGAUCCGUCUGUUUCCUACCCGCUUGAGUCUGCAUCAUCCGCCACUAUUCACGCUCAGGACGUGCAGCACUACUCCACCGACACUGACUCAGACAUGCCGAUGUCUGCUGCACCCGUUGUUUUCCAUGACUUUGACCCAGAGCCGGAGGUCGAGUUUGUACCUGUUGAGCAUGCUCCAGUUGAUCCAGAGCUUGGAGUUGCACCAGAGCCUGUUUUCGCUCCCGACCCUAUUCCUGUUGAUGCACCAGUCGUUGCACCACCCGUCACUGAUGCACCAGUCGUUGCACCACCAGCUGCUGAGAUCCCAGUUGUUGCACCUAUACCUGACCCCAUGCCGAUGUUUGAUGACCUUGCACCCUUCGCUACACAUAUUGAUCCGAGAUAUGCCGACACCCGUAACGGGUGGAUUGAGGAUGAUGAUGACUAUCCUCCAUUUGUUCUACCCAUCACUCCACCUGCUGCACCUAUUUCUGCACCAGACGAUGUUCUACUUUUCAACCCACACGUAUCUGACACUCACCACACCGACUUACCCACUACUUUUCUUCAGGAUAUACCCCCUCCCCGUCCAGGGGAAGGACCUUCUACUGGACCGCAUGGUCACAUGCCACCCUUGACUGCCGCUUUUCCUUAUAUACCCCCGUUUGCACCGACUGCACACACAACUUUUACUUCUACAGCACCUCCGGUUACAGCAGGAUGCGUUAAGCCGACGAGUCUGGCGCUGGAGAGGAUUCCACGUCCUCCACCUUUUCAUUGCCAGUCGCCUUUUGCGACACCACCAGCUCCUCUCGGACUGCACCCUGAUUCUGACGUCCGUUUCCUCACCAGGGACCAGCAGAUUGCUUACCUCAUACGCGUUGUCCAGGCUCUCGAGGAGGAUUUGGCGCAUUUACGCAGAUUAGUUCUCACUCCUCCACCUCCUCCUCCUCCACCAUCAGCUUAG